ACUGCUGCUGGCCACGCCCCCAACUCAACGGUUACACUCGCACUUGAAAAUGGCUGAAAACACAUGCCCACUUCUAAGGACGCACAUCUGUAAAAAGCAUUAAUAUGCCGCAGGUGUUUUCUAAAUGCCCCUGGAGGAUAGUGGAUGACUGUGGAGGGGCUUUCACCAUGGGUGCAAUCGGUGGAGGCGUUUUCCAAGCAGUGAAGGGCUUUCGAAAUGCUCCGGCUGGUGUUGGACACAGACUCAGAGGAAGUGUAAAUGCAGUGAGAGUAAGAGCUCCUCAGAUUGGAGGCAGCUUUGCUGUCUGGGGAGGCCUUUUCUCCACAAUCGACUGUGGUUUAGUCCGACUGAGAGGAAAGGAGGAUCCGUGGAACUCCAUCACAAGUGGCGCCCUGACCGGCGCCAUCCUGGCAGCACGCAGUGGUCCGCUAACGAUGAUGGGCUCUGCAAUGAUGGGGGGAAUCCUGCUGGCGCUCAUCGAGGGCUUUGGUAUUCUCCUGACUAGAUACACAGCACAGCAGUUUCAAAACCCUUUGCCGUUUACAGAAGACCCCAGUCAGCUCCCUCCGAAGGACGGAGACCCGCAGCAGCAGCAGCAGAGAACCAAGGGAUUGUUUCACUAGAUACCUUCUGCAGACGCAGUGAGUCCCACCGCAGCGUACGGAGCAACAUCACUGCUAAGAGGACUUUGAAAAGUAGAUGCACUUUGUUGAAACACCUCAGGGUAAAAUGUUGUGAUUUAGUGUUUAAGAAUGAACUUUGACAUGUAAGAAUCCUUCAGAUAAACAUUAUGUUGUCUUCUUGAGAACGUUUUGUUUGUUUUGUGUCAAUCCAGUAGUCUCUUCUCCUUAUGGAUUUAUUUAUGUGACAUAUGCUAGAAAUAUUUAAUCUUUCUUGAAUUACUGAGCGUUCUCCAGCUGAUUUUAAUACGAUCCAGUUUUUAGUACAUUUACAGAGCUGACCUAUGAGUAAAAAGUAUUUUGCAGAUUAUCUGAAAAAAUAAAGUAGCAGCCUUUUUUUAUUCAAGCAAAUACUGUGAAAGAUUUACAUUUACAGCUUUCUGGCUUUUCACCAGGAAGCUUGUUCAAUAAAAUUCAGACAAACUUUACAGGAAAUCAGUUUGGAAAAUGCCAGAACGUUCUGCUGAGCGUUUUAUUUCUGCAGCUCAUGUUUCCAAAAGUCUGUGCUAAAUCUGGAGCGGCCAAUCAGUGAGCUCCUCACACAGACUGCACGCAUUUGAACCGGAUCCGUUAACAUUUACAUUAAUGAGCCGACGUUAAUGGAGAAAAGUAUUAAUACCUCAACUUUUUCUACUUUCUGUCAUGUUGCAAACGUUAAUGCACGACUAUUCGUUUUGAAAAGUAACUCGAGCUCAGAGAAACUAAAACGAUCCUGCAUCACAUCAAACCAACGCUUCUUUACGACAGCAUUAGGGACACGAUAAGAAAAUACAAAAACUAAAAUUAUGAGAAUAAAGUCACAAUAUUACGAGAAUAAUGUCGUUAUUAGGCAAAUAAAGUCUCAUAGGAUUAUAACUUUAUUCUCGUAUUAUUUCAACUUUAUUCUUGUAUUAUUUUGAAUUUAUUCUGGUAAUAUUGUGACUUUAUUCUCGUAAUUUUAUUUUUUCAUUUUCAAUCUUUCCUCACUAAAGCCCUGAUACUCUGUCGUAUCUCCCAGAUUUUUUUUUUACUUGCAAAGAAAAUUUAAAGCCAUUUAUCCUUUUCCUUCUGCUUAACAUCUGUCCACUGUUGUAUGUGUUGCUAUCACUUACAAUCCUAUUCAAAUACGUCGACGAUUAGGUUUGUAACAAAACAGAAAAGUAGAAAAGUUAAAGGGUAUAAAUACUUUUAGCGAGAUGCUGCAUGUGAAAGAUUUAAAACAAAUCAAGUAAUCGUCUUUCUCAACAGAUUUAAGCACCAAAUUCAGUGUUUUGUGACGUCGCAUCUUGUUUGCUCAGCAGGUUUUAUGAUGAAGUCUUGAUCUGACUCUGUUUUGUUUUCUGUAUGUAAAUGUCAGCUAUCGAUGCUAAUGAACGUCUGCUUAAAUUAUGCCAGCAUCAUUUCACUCUGCGCAGUGAAACGUCGUGUCGCAAUAAGGAAAAAUCAAUAUUGAUGUUAGUUAAACGGCCGUUUUAUCUGCUGCAAUCACCGUCAACCAACCCAGUGAUUUUAUCUAACGACCAAAACGUUUCACAUGUAAACUCUGUAUAGAAAGAUUGUUUAUUUUAUCAGAAUAUAUUUAUUGUGUAAAAAUGGAAUAAAGAUUUGAGAUGUUAAAGGA